UACAGAUAGGCCCAAGACUUCACUGACGGGAAUCCCCCUCCCCAGCCUGCACAGACACAUUUACAGACACAUGCAUGCUCACUCGUCUCACUGCCCUUCACACACAGACUGAAUCCAGCACUGCCGCAUCCGGCACACCCUGAACCUGAAUCAACACAAUCAUGGCUGACAAACCCAACAUGAUGGAAAUCACAAGCUUUGACAAAACAAAACUGAAGAAGACUGAAACUCGGGAGAAGAAUCCUUUACCAACCAAGGAAACUAUCGAGCAAGAGAGGAGAGAAUCCAUCGCAUAAGCAAGAGGAGGACUAACAUGUAGCAAUGUAGCAAAGAAAA